UGUAUAAAUACAGUCACUUUUGUCAUAAAUAAAUGAUUCUGGUUUUACCGCUGAUUAUCGCGUGUUCUGCUUUACCAGUUAAGUGGGCACUGGUCAGUAGUUAAGCAGUUACCUCGUGACAAAGAUCUAGCAUCAUAACAAUUGGCGACGGGGUUUCGAAUCCAUUGCAGUUCAAUACAGUCAAAUAAAAACCAGAUCAUCCAGUGUACAUCCAGCCUGUCUUCCAAAUGACAAUUUCAUUUGAACAAAUGCAACUUCUCCUUCAUCAACAACAGCAACAGUUUGAAGCUUGCCAGCUCAGCUUGAUUGAAAAACUUACAAAGCAGUUUUCAAUUCAAAAUCUCGGCAGUUCCAACUCAGAGAAAACCGAAUCUAUUGGGAGUUCAAUUGUAGAGUUCAAUUUCGAACCUUCAACAGGCGUGACGUUUGAAGCUUGGUUUCGACGUUAUGAAGAUCUGUUCCGGGUUGAAUGCGCUCACCUAGAUGAUUCGUCCAAAGUGAGACUACUCCUUCGGAAACUUGGUCCAGCCGAACAUAACAAAUAUGUCAAUCAUAUUCUACCAAAGAACUCCAGAGAACUCAACUUUGAAGAAACCGUUCAAACGUUAACCAAUAUUUUCGGUGAACAGUUAUCUCUCUUCAGUAUCCGUUACAAUUGUUUCAAGAUAUCCAAAGAUCCAGGAGAUGAUAUUCUCACCUAUGCUGGUAAGGUGAAUCGUGAAUGCGAGCGAUCGAAAAUUCGAUCACUUACGGAUGACCAGUUUAAAUGCCUGAUCUUUGUCUGCGGUCUCAAAUCUUCAGUUGACAGUGAUAUUCGUACCCAAAUCCUUGCAGAGAUUGAACGCAAACCGGACAUGACUUUACAGGAGGUAACUGCUGAGUGCCAGCGAAUCAUCAAUCUAAAGCAUGACACGAAGUUGAUUGAGGACGGUCAAGUUCAUGAAUUUACUUCUGUUCAGGCUGUCAAGUCAAACAAUUCUCUGCAAGUCCAACACAAGCCUCCCACAAAUUGUUGGUUUUGUGGAUCGUGGCAUUUUGGUAAAUUUUGCCCGUAUAAAAGACAUAAAUGCAGUAUCUGUAACAAGUAUGGUCACAAGGAAGGAUUUUGUCCCCCAGUGAAACCUAGAUCAAUCCGAUCUCACAAUACGAUGGCACAGUCACGAAAGUUUCGAUCUCGGUCGACGAAACCUCAAAUCAGCAGUAUGUUCGCUACCUUCAAAGUUGACUUCGAGUCAAAAAGAAAGUUUGUCACACUUUCUAUCAACCAGAAGCCAGUUCGACUACAGUUAGAUACUGCUUCUGAUAUCACAAUCAUAUCUCCCCAGACGUGGCGGGCACUCGGGUGUCCACCUUAUCAGAGAACGGAGCAUACUGCAAGAAACGCGUCGGGUGACGUAAUGAAAUUAUCUGGCCAGAUUGAAUGCGACGUAACUUUCCGGUCGACCUCGUUCCAAGGAACAUGCUACAUCACCAAUCGUCAUGAUUUGAACUUGCUUGGUAUUGACUGGAUCGAAAAGAUGAAACUCUGGGAUGUCCCACUGAACUCAGUUUGUUCCAAUGUACAGUGCUCAGAUAGUCCUACCAACAUGUUGAUGCAUCCGAACAAAGCCGCAAAGGAGGACGCUGUGAUCGCCGGCGUUUCUGUCGAUGAAGACGUGUGCCACGUAUUGAUGACGGCAAUAAACACUUUACCUGUCUCAGCCGACAUGGUUCAACGAGAGACGCAGAGUGACCCGACAUUACAGUCAGUUCAACAGUAUCUGCGUUGUGGCUGGCCCUCGCGUAUUGAUUGUCCAGAUUUAAAACAGUUCUAUCAACGACGACAUUCGUUAUACCUGGUCAAUGACUGCAUUAUGUUUGGCGAACGUGUGGUCGUGCCUCGAAGUCUCCAACAAAAAGUCAUGAGUCAACUACAUUUUACGCAUCCUGGUAUUGGCCGUAUGAAAUCGUUGGCACGCUGUUACGUCUACUGGCCAAAUAUCGAUCGUGAAUUAGAAGAGAUGGUUCGCUCAUGUUCUCGCUGUGCUCAGGCUUUGAAAAUGCCUAUCAAGACAGACCUACAGCCGUGGCCCAACCCAGGAAAACCGUGGUCAAGAAUCCACAUAGAUUUUGCCGGCCCAAUCAAUGGCAAACAGUUUCUCGUGGUAAUCGACGCGUAUUCCAAGUGGCCGGAGGUUUUCAUUAUGCAAAAUACCACAGUGACGAUAACAUUAAAUAAGUUGGUUCAGCUUUUCAGCAGAUUUGGUGUUCCAGAGAUCAUCGUUUCCGAUAACGGACCUCAGUUUACAGCUGAACAAUUCAAACAGUUUUGUGAGCGGCUAGGUGUUCAGCAUAUUCGCAGCCCGCCUUACCAUCCUCAGUCAAAUGGACAAGCAGAGCGUUUUGUUGAUACACUCAAGCGCGCACUUCAGAAGUCAAACUGGGAGGGAUCGAUAGAGGAUGUAUUGCACAAUUUCCUCUUCAUUUAUCGAACCACAACCAACCCAUCAUGCCCAAAUCAAACAUCUCCCGCAGAAGUUAUGUUUGGAAGAAGAUUACGUACUACUUUGGAUACAAUUAUCCCGAUCCCAUCAAGACGGAGCAAAUGUGGUCGAAAUAGUGAAUUUCGGUUCAAUAGACGUCAUGGCACCAAGCAAAGAAGUUUCAUGGUUGGUCAGUCGGUACUGGUUCGUGAUUACAUACGGAGAGAUCUCCCAUGGGUUUCUGGAGUGAUCGUUGGAAGAAAAGGCCAAGUCAUUUACAAGGUCAAGGUUGGAGACCUUAUUUGGGUCAGGCAUGCCAAUCAAAUAAGAAAUAGACUAGUUGGUAAACAUUUGAACGAUUCCAAGUCCGCCGACGUACAAUUUGAGCUAUUGAUAGAUACGACGGAUCCGAAAACGUCACAUGGCCAAAAUAGUCGAAACAAAGGCAAAGUGUCCCAGCAGCCAAGGAGAUCACAACGACAACCAAGACCGCCAAAGUACCUACAAGUGAUUCCGCGAUACAAAAGCUACCGGUAGCCCUAUCUUAAAAGGGGAGGUGUUAGGAAGAGGCAAAACACAUGCAAUUAUCAAGUUAUUAGCAUGUCGUUGACAUGCAUUUGUUUCUGCUUUCUGAUUGGACGCUUGCACAAUUCCAAACUCUCAACCGGAUUGGUUGAUUUCCAGUCUACCUUAUUUUUGUAUAAAUACAGUCACUUUUGUCAUAAAUAAAUGAUUCUGGUUUUACCGCU